CAUACUCAAGUCUCUACGGACUGAAUUUCUUACUCGUUUAACUUUCCUUUCUUAUCGUUGGUUAUCAAAGAAUACAGAGUUUGUUCAAAACAAUGUGCUUAACGAGAAUGAACGGACGUAUAAUUUUGCUGGGUUUGAUAAACCUUGUAGCGGUAUCGCUGGCAGCAGAAAGCGCACCGGAUGUACUAAAAUGCGCUAAAUGUCACAAGGCGCCCUCGAUGUCGGCCUGCUCUGAUGUCGCCAUCUGCAACCCGCAACACGAGGUGUGUUAUGUGGAGCAGGAGACGGAUGUGGGAGGGGAGACCGUCGUGAACGCCGGCUGUAGACGCCGCGAGCAUUGUGACGGGUUUGGCUGCUACAACGAGGAGACCGGAAGUCGACAAAAACGAAGCCUGAGCGCCUCGGUGACGCCUGACUUUUUCAACCGAGACAUACAGUGCCACCAUUGCUGCGAUGGCCACUUCUGCAACAUGCACGGCUGUGCUGACCAAUACGACGUCUCGCACCUGCCCGGGAAGCGCUGCUUCAACUGCACGCACGUGCAAGAUCCCGUGCACUGUUCGACCGCUGUCAACUGCGAGCACGAUCAGGACUGCAUAAUCGAGAAGCUUUCGUUUAAUGGAGACAUCAAGUACAACUUGGGAUGUAAAAAAACUAGGAUGUGUGACAUGCUGGACAUGAUUCACCACCAACAUGGGGCAAGGAAGAAGCGAGACUAUCACGUGAUGUACUCUGAGUGCUGUCGCCACCACAUGUGCAACGGCUGGAUUCCUAUGCUCACCGCGGACCCACCGAAGAGCUCGGACUCUUACAGAUGCCCUAUUUUAGGAUACAACAACACGUGGAUGGUACCAGUUGCAACAGAUGCACCCAGAACCCAAACAGCCAUUCAAACCACGGCCCCUUUGACUACAACGACUACUUGCGCUGAUCUUGUAGACUGCAGUCUCUAUGGUCACGACUACGCGUGUAGCGCCACCUACGAGCCCUGGGCCAGGACGAACUGUCCGAAAUUCUGUGGAUACUGCGGUCAGCCUACGUCUGCCUCGGGUGGUUCGAAGUGUCAGGACACAGAAGAUUGUUCCAUCUAUGGCUUCAACUAUGUUUGCUCUGAUGAAUUCAAAGAGUUCGCGACGCUGAAAUGCCCUAAAUUCUGUGGCCUAUGCAAUGAGUCCGCAGUAACGGAAGCUCCGUGCGCUGACUUGGACACCGAUUGCGCCUCCUAUGGCUCCAACUACAUCUGUGUGGAUCCGUACAAAGACUGGGCCAGCAUGCAUUGCCGGAAAUUCUGUGGAAUAUGUUCCGAGCACAUAUGCAAAGACGAAGCCCAGGAUUGCACUGUCUAUGGUUCGGACUAUAUUUGCAAAGGGGACUACAUUCCAUGGGCAAAACUCAACUGUGCUAAAUUUUGCAACCUUUGUCCUAAUGUUUCAGUAACGACGACAGUAGCAAUGCCUUCAACAUCACCAUCAGUAAUAGCUAGAAUCAACGAGGCCGCAGACACUGCCGAGGUUUGUGAAGAUCUUGACAACGAUUGCUACACGUACGGCCACGACUACAUCUGCGUCGGUGAGAUGGUACAGUGGUCACAGAUUCACUGUCGGAAAAACUGCGGAUUUUGUAAAAACCCAGUUUGCGAAGAUGCAGACCCGGACUGUGAUACCUAUGGUACUGGGUACAUAUGUACUGAGGAGUACAGACCUUGGGCCUCCAUACACUGUGCGAAAUACUGCAACCUGUGUAACCAAGAACAGACCACUAAACCGCCUACGACGACGGUAACAACACCUCUAAAAACAACUGAGUCAACAACGCUGACUACACAAACCACGCCUGUCUCAACAAGUGUUACGGUAACAAAUGAAGUGUGUGCAGACUUGGAUAACGACUGUUACUCUUAUGGUCACAACUACAUAUGUGUCGGUGACAUGGUAACGUGGUCACAGACAAACUGUAGAAAAACCUGCGGAUUCUGUAAAGAUCCUGUGUGCGAGAACGUAGAUCCAGAUUGCGACACUUAUGGGGUUGACUACAUAUGUCAGGAAGAGUUCAAACCAUGGGCCUCUAUACAUUGUGCAAAGUACUGUAACCUAUGUGAUCAAGCAAAUGCAACAACGAUCAUGACAACAACACCUGUGUCAACAACAGAAACACGAACAACUACAGAACCGAUUAUCACGACUGUUGCGAAAACAACUACGUCGAAACCGGAAGUGUGUGAAGAUCUUGACAAGGACUGUUACACGUACGGCCACGACUACAUCUGUGUUGGUGAGAUGGUUCAGUGGUCACAGAUCCACUGUCGGAAAAACUGCGGAUUUUGUAAAAGCCCUGUUUGCGAAGAUGCAGACCCGGACUGUGAUACAUAUGGUACUGGGUACAUAUGUAUUGAGGAGUACAGACCUUGGGCCUCCAUACACUGUGCGAAAUACUGCAACCUUUGUGACCAAGAAACAAAUUCAACUACUUCUUCUCCUUCAAUAAUGUCAACAACAACAUCUACAACAACGGCCCCUCCUUCGACGUCGACACCGGUUGUCAUGACAAGCACUGCGACGACAACGGAAGUGUGUGCAGACUUGGAUAACGACUGUUACACUUAUGGUCACAACUACAUCUGUAUCGGUGACAUGAUAACGUGGUCACAGACACACUGUAGAAAAUCCUGCGGAUUCUGUAAAAAUCCUGUGUGCGAGAACGUAGAUCCAGAUUGCGACACUUAUGGGGUUGACUACAUAUGUCAGGAAGAGUUCAAACCAUGGGCCUCUAUACAUUGUGCAAAGUACUGUAACCUAUGUAAUCAAGCAAAUGCAACAACGAUCAUGACAACAACACCUGUGUCAACAACAGAAACACGAACAACUACAGUACCGAUUAUCACGACUGUUGCGAUAACAACUACGUCGAAACCGGAAGUGUGUGAAGAUCUUGACAAGGACUGUUACACGUACGGCCACGACUACAUCUGUGUUGGUGAGAUGGUUCAGUGGUCACAGAUCCACUGUCGGAAAAACUGCGGAUUUUGUAAAAGCCCUGUUUGCGAAGAUGCAGACCCGGACUGUGAUACAUAUGGUACUGGGUACAUAUGUACUGAGGAGUACAGACCUUGGGCCUCCAUACACUGUGCGAAAUACUGCAACCUUUGUAACCAAGAAACUAAUUCAACUACUACUUCUCCUUCAAUAAUGUCAACAACAACAUCUACAACAACGGCUCCUCCUUCGACGUCGACACCGGUUGUCAUGACAAGCACUGCGUCGACAACGGAAGUGUGUGCAGACUUGGAUAACGACUGUUACACGUAUGGUCACAACUACAUCUGUGUCGGUGACAUGAUAACGUGGUCACAGACACACUGUAGAAAAUCCUGCGGAUUCUGUAAAAACCCAGUAUGCGAGGAUGUAGAUCCAGAUUGCGAUACGUAUGGAGCCGAAUAUAUCUGCACGGAGGAUUUCAAACCUUGGGCGUCAAUACAUUGCGCCAAGUUUUGUGACUUAUGCGACCAAAAUGUCACGGUCUCCAACCCAGUCACGACCCCUAAAGCAACUACUGUGGCUACAACCCCUGAGCCGACUACAACUACCCCAAAGCCAUUAACGACCACAACAACAACAACCACUAAGACAAAGCCUACAACUAUUUCUACAACUGCAACAACUACUACUACAACCCCGACUACCACCACCACACCAACAACAACUGCAACAACAACAACGACUACCCCAAUCAAAACAACGACAACAUCAACCACUACUUCCACAACAACAACAACUACCACACCGAAACCAACAACUACUACUAUUGAUCCAAGGGUGGCGUGCGGUAAUACGUUCGAUGGCUGUAUUGGAUAUUCUGAUCAGGAUUGUUUGAAUCCAGAUUUAAGACCUGUGCUUUGGGAGAACUGCCGAGGUCAUUGUAGGAUGUGCUUAGAUGCGAAACCGACAACUACGGCGACCACAAUCCCAACCACAACUACUGACCCAAAGACCAACUGUGGCAACGUGUACGACAUGUGCUCGUUGUACGCCCCCGAGGACUGCACGUCGGCUGAGAACCACGAGUACAUGUGGGAGCAAUGCAGAGCGUACUGCGGUCUCUGUCUCGAACCAAAACCGAAACCUCCAGGAUGCACAGAUGAAAUGCCGAAUUGCGACGCGUUUCCAAAAGAAAUUAUUUGUUCGAGUGUCAUGAAAGAUUCAUGUAAACAUACUUGCAAUAAUUGUUAAUGUUUUCCUCUGGAACAUUAUAUAUGAAAGUCCCAUGAUAAACGAAUAAAGUCAUACCACUAA